AUCUUGUCUUUCAUGCUAUUUAACCCGGACCCCACUGGAAGGUUCUCAUCGGAGAAUGAAGUUGCUGAUAAAUUUAUGGGUUCGAUGGUGGCUGCGUUUCACUCACCUUCCAUGGUUACAGGUUUCCUCUUCAAAUAUCUUGGAGAAAGACCUGAAAUAUGUGACAAAGUUCGUACAGAACAAUUGGAGAUCGCAAGUUCAAAAAAGUCUGGCGAGGCACUGAUCUGGGAAGAUAUACACAAGAUGAAAUAUUCCUGGGGUGUGGCACUUGAAGUUAUGAGGCUGGUACCACCUCUCCAAGGAACAUUUAGGGAGGUUGCUACUGAAUUCACGUAUGAAGGUUACACAAUUCCAAAAGGGUGGAAGGUGUUUUGGUCGGCAAGCAGCACGAAUAAAAUCCCUGAAUACUUUCCGGAUCCGGAAGAGUUUGAUCCGACUAGGUUUUGA